AUGGAUGAUGAAAUUGCCGAAUUAACUGAACAAUUAGAGCUUAUGGAUCAAGAAAACACUGAGCUCAAGCAAAAGCUUGAUGAAAUUACGUCAGAAAGAGACAAUCUCAAAAAUUCAAAUUCACAACUCUCAGCAGAAAUUGAAGAACUCAAGAAAAAGGUUGAAACCGAGAAUAAUGAUGAAGAAAUUAAUGAGUUGACAGAAGAAAUUGAAUCUCUGUCGGCGGAAUUAGAACAAGAAAAAACUAAAAACGAAAACCUCAAUAAAGAAAUAGAAACUCUCAAACAAGACUACGAAAACAAGAUCAAAGAGCUUUCUGAGUCGAGCAAAUCAAAAGAAUCAGGACACUCCGAUGAUGGCGAAGUAAUUUCCGAAUUAGAGGACGAAAUCAAUAGAUUAAAGGAAGAACUUGACAAGUCCAAAUCUCACAAUACUGAAUUAGAAGCUAUUCUUCAAGAAAAUGAAGAAAAACUUAAUUCAAAGAGCCAAGAAAGCACAGAUAGUGAACAAAAGAUUAAAGAACUUACGGAAACAAUUCAGUCUUUACAGAAUUCCAAUACAGAAAUGCAAAACUCUCAAGAUGAUUUGAAGAAUCAAAUUGAAAAGCUUAAAAAGAUCAUCAACCAGAAAGAUGAUGAUAUUUCAAAGCAUCUAUCUGAUAUCCAAGCUUUACAAACUGAAAUCGAAAACUCUGAUAAAGAAAAUCAAGAAAUUCAACAAGAAAAGCAGAAACUCAUAGAUGAAUUGAAUGAGAAGAAUCAACAAUUGACAGAUCAACUCAAAGAAUCACAAGAAAACUACGAAAAACUUAAAUCUGAAUCAAAUGAUGAAAAAGUUGGUCAAAAUGAGCUAAACGAGAAACUGCUUGCUGCAGAAUCAGAUAUUAAUGACCUCAAAUCCCAAAUCGAAUCAAAUAAUCAACAAAUUUCAGAAUAUAAUUCUCAAAUUUCCGAAUUACAGCAGAAAGUUGACAAAUACAAGGUUUCUAACGACCAGUUAACAGCAUCACAAGCUGAAUUAAGUCAAAAACUCGAAGAUUCCACUUCAGAAAUUGAAAAAUUGAAAUCCGAGAACAAUGAAAAGUCACAAGCGAUCACUGACCUUCAAUCUUCCAAUAAUACCAACAAUGAGAACCUUCUCAAGCAGUUAGAUUUACUUUCUUCAAAGAUAUCCGAAUUAGAAAAUUCAUCUUUAGCUUUGAAGUCAGAAAACAAGACAUUAACUGAACAAAUCGGUUCUUUAGAUCACGAAAACUCAAAGUUGAAGAGAGAUUUCGAAGUUUUGUCCAAUGAAAAAUCAAAAUUACAAAAAGAGAACGAUAAAGUCAAAGCAGACAUCGAACAGCUCUCUCUAAGUAAUUCUGAUGAAAUUGGCAAGCUCAAUGACCUAAUUCAGUCCAAAGAUAAUCAAAUUUCUGAAUUACAAAAAGAAAACGAUGAAAACAUGACAAACAAAGCCAAACUUGAAGAAGAAAUCAAGAGAUCAGCAGAAGAAAUCGAAAACAAAGAGAAAGAAAUCGAAUCUCUCAAUUCCCAACUUGAAAACCUCAAAAAGUCAAUGGAAGAGUCCGAAGAAGGAGAUAAAAAGACUUUGGUUGAGAUGAAUCAGAAAAUUUCUGAUUUGAAUUCGAUGAUUUCUGAAAAUGAAAAAAUUAUUGAAGAAAAACAGUCAGAAAUCGACCAAAAACAGUCAGAAAUUGAUAGUUUAUCACAUGAAAAUCAAGAUCUGCAACAAAAACUUGAUGAAAUGAAGCAAAAUUAUGAAGAUGAAAAAUCUAAGCUGAUUUCGGAGAAAGAAUCAGUUGAUCAUGAACUAAAUGAAUUGAAGAACAAGAGUGAACAAGAAAAAUCUCAAAAUGAAGAAAAAAUUGAGAAAUUGAACAAAGAAAUCGAAGAAAUCAACAAACAAAAUGAAGAAUUGUCCAAACAAAACAAUGACGAAUUCUCCAACUUAAUUCAGGAGAAAAACAACGAAAUCAACAAAUUAAAUGAAGAACUUCAAAAAGAGAAAGAAGAAAAAGAAAAAUUAAUUAAUGAUUUAUCUAAUGAAAACGAAGAACUUCAAAAAGCUGUUGAUGAAAAAGAGAAUGAAAUUAAUGAUUUCAAGAAAGAGAAAGAAGAAAAAGAAAAAUUAAUUAAUGAUUUAUCUAAUGAAAACGAAGAACUUCAAAAAGCUGUUGAUGAAAAAGAGAAUGAAAUUAAUGAUUUCAAGAAAGAGAAAGAAGAAAAAGAAAAAUUAAUUAAUGAUUUAUCUAAUGAAAACGAAGAACUUCAAAAAGCUGUUGAUGAAAAACAAAAUGAAAUUAAUGAUUUCAAGAAAGAGAAAGAAGAAAAAGAAAAAUCAGUUGAAGAACUUCAGAAACAAACAGAGGAAAAAGAGAAUGAAAUUAAUGAACUCAAGAAACAAAUUGAAGAUUUAUCUAAAGAAAAAGAAGAACUUCAAAAAGUUGUUGAUGAAAAAGAGAAUGAAUUAAGUGAUUUGAAGAAAGAAAAUGAUGAAAAACAAAAUGAAAUCAACAAAUUAAAUGAAGAACUUCAGAAACAAACAGAAGAUUUAUCUAAAGAAAAAGAAGAACUUCAAAAAGUUGUUGAAGAAAGAGAAAAUGAAAUUAAUGAGUUGAAGAAACAAAUUAAUGAUUUAUCUAAUGAAAAGGAAGAAAAAGAGAAACAAAUUGAAGAGCUUCAAAAACAAACAGAAGAAAAAGAAAAUGAAAUCGAAGAUUUAUCAACUGAUAAAGAUAAUGAAAUUAAUGAGUUGAAGAACCAAAUUGAAGAUUUCCAGAAAGAAAAAGAAGAAAAAGAAAAAUCAGUUGAAGAACUUCAGAAACAAACAGAAGAAAAACAAAAUGAAAUUAAUGAACCCAAGAAACAAAUUGAAGAUUUAUCUAAUGAAAAGGAAGAAAAAGAGAAUGAACUCAGUGAUUUGAAGAAAGAAAUCAAUGAUUCAUCGAAUGAAAAAGAAGGAAAACAAAAAGUUAUUGAAGAAAAAGAAAAUGAAAUUAAUGAGUUGAAGAAACAAAUAGAAGAACUUCAACAACAAAUUGAAGAAAAACAAAAUGAAAUCAACGAAAAAGAUAAAUUAAUUGAAGAUUUAUCCAAACAAAAAGAAGAAAAUGAAGAAGAAACUGUCAAACAAAUCAAUGAAAAAGAAGAUGAAAUGAACGAAAUCAAGAAACAAAUAGAAGAAAAAGACAAACAAAUCAAUGAAUUGAAGGAAGAACUUCAAAAACAAACAGAAGAAAAAGAAACAGAAAUCAACGAAUUAAUGAAUCAAAUCGAAGAUUUACAGAAACAAAUUGAUGAAAUAAAGAACCAAAAUGAGAAUUUGCAGAAAGAAAAAGAGAAUUCGCUCAAUGAAAUGAACAAACAAAUUGAUGAUUUGCAGAAAGAAAAAGAAGAAACAGAAAAAGCUCUCAUUGAAGAAAAUGAAGACUACAAGAAUCAACUUUCUGAACUCAAGAAACAAAUCGAAGAUUUACAAAACGAAAAUGAAGAAAAAGUUGAAAAUCUUAAGAAAGAAAAUGAAGAAUUUAACAAUGAAAUAAAGGAUUUGCAAGAUCAAAUAGAAUUACUGAAGAAGUCGAUGUCAGAAAGUGAAGACAAAGACCAGAAGUUCGUGAUUGAGUUGAACCAACAGAUUGAGAAACUGAAACAAAAAGUUUCAGAUGAAAAAGAUCUUAUUCAAGUCAAAGAUGAAGAAAUCAUUGAUUUGAAGCAGAAAAACACUGAUUUAUCUGAACAAAACAACAAAUUGAACGAAGAUAAGAAUGAACUUGAGAAACAAAUAGAAGAAUUGGCUCAGAAACUCUCAGAUGAAUCAGAAAAAGAGAAAUUAAAACAAGAAAUAAAUGAACUCAAAUCUGAAAAAGAAAAUUCAGAAAAAGAUUUCAAUAAAAAGUUGGAAAAUUUGACACAAAAAGUGACAGAAUUAGAAGAUUCCAUCAGUCAGAAGACAAGAGAAAUAGAUGAAGCUGAAACAGCUAAAGAAGACAUUUCUCUCAAAUUAGAUAAUUUGGCUGAAGAAAAUGAAAAAUUGUCACAAAAUUUGUCAGAAAUUUAUGAAAAAUUGAAUGAAAAAGUGACAGAAACAGAAAAACUUCAGAAAGAAAACGAAGAUUUGAAGUCAGAAAACGAGUUAUUAAAGAAAGAUUCUGAUUCUGCACAAGAAGAAUUGAUGAAAGAAAACGAAAAUCUUAAGAAAGAAAAUGGAGAAAUUACAGAGAAAAUCGAAGAACUUCAAAAAGAAAUUGGCGAAAGACAGAAAACUGUUGAAGAUCUCAAACAAAAGAUUGAAGAAAUCAACUCUCAAAAUGCUGAAGAAAGCGAAAAGAAUCAAAAAGAAAUUGAUGAUUUAACUCAAGAAAUCGAAGAAAUCAAUCAAAAAUUAGAUGAAAAACAGAAAGAAAAUGAUGAUUUGAAGAAAGAAAAAGAAAAUCUUCAAAAAGAAGUCGACGAAAUUAAGAAGAAUUUCGAAGAAAAUCAAAAUCAAAUUGAAAAUCUUCAAAAAGAAAAUGAUGAUUUGAAGAAAGGAAUGAAUCAAUCAUCAGAAGAAAAACAAAAAGAAAUAGAAGAAAUUAAGAAGAAUUUCGAAGAAAAACAGAAAGAAAUUGAUGAUUUAACUCAAGAAAAUGAAGAAAUGAAUCAAAAAUUAGAUGAAAAACAGAAAGAAAUUGAAGAAAUCAAACAAAAAAUUGAAGAAAAUCAAAAACAAAAUGUAGAUUUAAAGAAAGAAGUUGAAGAUUUAACACAAGAAAUUGAGAAACUGGAAGAACAGAAAUCUCAGAAAGAAGAAAAUGUUAAUUCCGAACAAGAAAAUCUUCAAAAACAAAUUGAAGAAUUGAAGAAUGAAAAAGAAACAAUUUCAAAUGAAUUGGAAUCAAAGACGAAACACAAUGAAAAAUUAGUUUCAAGUCUCCAAGAAUUCGCAAAGAAGAAUGCGGAAUUAGACAUAACAAUCGAGAGACUGACACAAGAGAAAGAAGUUCUGAUUAACAACGUCAAUGAUUUGCAGAACAAUGUUGACGCAGAAAUAAGAGAUCUCAAAGUAAAAUUACAAGAAAAAGAUGAAGAAAUCGACGGAUUGAACGAACAAAUCGAACAAAUCAUCAAAGAAAACAACGAUUUGAAACAAAAACAAGAAGAAAAUCAAAAAGAAAAUGAACAAAAACAAAAAGAAAAUGAAGAUUUGAAGAAAGAAGUUGAUGAUUUAACACAAGAAAUUGAGAAACUGGAAGAACAGAAAUCUCAAAAAGAAGAAGAAAAUGUUAAUUCCGAACAAGAAAAUCUUCAAAAACAAAUUGAAGAAUUGAAGAAAGAAGUUGAACAAUACAAGAAACAAAAUGAAGAUUUGAUUGAAGAAAACGAAGAAAUGGAUGAAAAAAUGAAGAUUUUGCAGAAACAAAUCGAAGAAAUCAAAGAAACAAAUGAAGAAUCAUCAGAACAAAUCUAUGCAUUGAAGAAAGAUUUGGAGAUUGCCGAACAAGAGAAAGAAAGAAUUGUUAAAAUGGAAAGAGAACAGAACAUGAAAGAAAUUUCUCAACUUAAAUUCGAGGUCGAAGAGAAGCGUCGUAUCUCAGAAGAAUAUCAAAACAAAUGCCAAUCAAUUGCAGAAGAAUUCAAGCAAAGAGAAAAGAAAGUUUUGGCAGAAGUUGAAAAGAAAUUCAACAUGUUCAAAUCCGCAAUUGACAAAAUUGUUUCAAAGUUACAAAUCGUGGAUAACAAACUCAACAACAUCAAAGCAAUCGAGAAAACAGUCAUCGAGAGCUUGGCUCCAGUACUAGGAAUUGACAGCACUGAAAUAAACUUCGACGUUUCAAGUAUCACUCCUUUGGUCGAAAAGGCAAAGAGACACAUUUCUCGCGAAGCAAGAUGGCGUGAGAAAUACCAGAACGCGAAACAAAUCAUCUACGCAAUCCAGACUAUAAUAAAGAGCGAAGACCCUCAAAACUGUAUUUCACAAUUGAAUUCAUUGUUCGAAUAA